AAUCAAAGCGUUUGUGAUCGUAGGGAAGAGAAAUGGAAAAAUAAUGAACCGGGAAUUAUAGACAAUUUCCUCGAAUCUAAAUAAAGUUGUGACUAAAAUUAAUAUUUAUAUGUAAUAAUGGCGUCGGCGUACAUCAAGGAUGACCAAGGUUUUCUUGACGCAGGCGGAACUUUCAUCCCGGCCAGUCAGCGUCCGGACGGCACUUGGCGAAAACCUCGAAGAGUAAAGGAUGGCUACGUACCUCAAGAAGAGGUUCCGCUCUACGAGAGUAAGGGCAAACAAUUCACCAAAAAUCAACCUACUUAUCCUGUUGGAAUGAGCCCUCAAUUUGUGGCGGCCCAUAAAGCAAAGAAGGAAGCACAAGCUGCGAAACCACCGCCAAUACCAGGGCUGGUAUUGGCAAACGAUGGUAAAAAGAAGAAGAAGAAGAGUAAGAGUAAAGCAGUUGACGUAGUGACGGAAGAUCUUGGUAAAACUACGAUAUCACAAUCCGUUGUAGAGAAUGGUAAACCAGCGACCCCGAAAUGCGACAAGAAGCAAGCGACCGAUAAUACGAAUAUUAUUUCGAAUCCAAGCGAUAACUUGCCCAGUCAAAACACAGAUCCAGCGAAAAGGCUCAAAAACCUCAAGAAAAAAUUGCGAGAGAUUGAGACACUAGAGCAGAAGAUAAAGUCGGGUGAAUUGAAAAAUCUUGAAAAAGAAAUGACCGACAAAGUCUUGAGGAAAAAAGAUGUUCUGAAGGAGAUUGAGCAGCUGGAAGAGAACCAGUAAAAGGCUGCCAAUCUACUGUUUUAUCAUUAUUAUUAUUAUUAUUUUGAUUUUUUCCUUUUUUUUUACCCUUGUCUCCCUUUAUCGGUACAAAAUGUAAUUGUGCCAUUUAGGAUAAUUAUGAAUGUUUGCUGUUUUAUUAUAUUAAUAUUGAGUGGAAUUACGAAAUAAUAAUAAUAAUAAUAAUAGUAGGAAUAAUAAUUGUUUUAACAUAGUUUUCAAAAUUAUUUGUACUGUACAGUCGCGUCGAAUAUUUAUUCACGCCAAUUCUCGAACAUUAAAAUGCACGUGAUAAUUAUUUGAAAAAUAACGAUUUAUGACCUAGAUUAUUUAGUUAUGUGAUUUUUAUUUAAUGUAUAUGUAUACAUGUUCGGCUGAAUGUCUACAUGAGCAUUAGAGCGAAUUAUUGUAACAAUCAACAAACUCGAUGAGCAUGAUUUUGACAGUACUAACCGGAAACCUGAAAUUCAUAAAGUUAUCGUGAAAUAUCGAUGAUGCAAAAUGUAAAAUGAAAGAUGGAA